GGGUAUCCCAUCGAGGCUAUCAAGAAGUCUCUGUAGCACAAUUUCAGGAGUCUUAUACCAUAUGCUCACUCAGAAGUCAGUCACAGACUGUCACACGGACCAUAUCUGGUCGACAGGGUUAUCGCCAUCGAGGUACUGUACUGUUUCACAAACUCCACAAAUUGUAUGAGGAGGCAGCUGUCACAGUGACACUGACCGCGACAGCGGUUGGCGUGCACUAGUCUGAUGUAUCCGCCCGUUUGCUAACGUCCCAAGCCUAAGACGAUGUCCCGCAGCCAUGGAAUGCUUCUAUCGGUAGUUAUCUUGCUGCUUGCAAAUAAAAUGAUAACCAGGGCAAACGAUUGGCCUCCCGUCGUUCGCGGGGCCAUGCAUCCGGUGCGGCUGUCAACGCGGGCUGCGCAUACAGUAUCCGCAUGUGGCAAAACAUUCGAAGCAUGUACCCAACGUCUGUCACACAUGACGAUGCUUCACAAUUCGGAUGGCCAGCCUGAACGACACCCCAGAAAAAACUUUGAACCCCUUGGCAUCAAGUACACAUACACUGCUCCGAAUUGCGCUUCAGACCGCAGCCAAGGGGCAUCAGGUAGCAUGAAGUUAUGUAUUAUUGACAUUAAGCAUCCUUUCGGGGCGCAUACAUCCCAGAAGACGGGGGCCAUAACGGGUCUUUGUCAUAUGUCUUUCGCCAUCCUAAACCGUCCCCCGACCAAGCCGCUCCAAUUCCCGCCGUCAAGUCGAGAAUUGAUUAAGCAGCCUUCUUACAGAAACCUCUUAGAACAAAUACGUGUACGAGAAAUACACCUUUGAGAAAUUUGAACCCGUUCCUAGCCAACAACGCCCGCCAAACCCAUCACCUCACAGCCCCUCUAGUUAAAGAAGAGAAGGGCAGCAACGGUGCCCAGGACGAGGGCGAGGGGCGAAGCGAAGCGCUGGCCGUUGUUGGAGUUGGCGGGGGCGGUGGUCUGGGUCGUGCGGGUGGUGGUGGUGGUCGGGGUCAAAGUUGUCGAGAGACCUGGGCAAGUUGCUGUUGGACGCGCUGGUGGUGGUCAAAGUGGUAGUC